AUGAGUUGCUCUGUUAUCAAACUGUUGACCAUGAUCGUGUUUUUAUUUGCAUUGUGUUGGCUUCCAAUUCACAUAUUUAACCUACUGGUUUGGUUUUAUCCCGACAUCACCAAGGUGCAGACCAAGCUUCAGUAUAGAACGUAUAUCUGGUCGUACUUAGCGUGCCACUUUUUGUCCAUGGGCUAUUUUAUGCUCAAUUAUGAAACGUAAAUGCCCAGGUAUUACAUGUCGAUUCACUUUCAAUACAUAUACGUUUCGUAACCAACGCACUCGUACCCAGACUUAAAUUGGCCAGUUUCCUAAACAAC